AAACAAGCAGUGAAAAAAAAAAUGCAGGUAUAUGCAUCAAUUGUAUGAACUAAAAAGUUCAUUCCACACUCUUAAUGUUGAGGUCUCUGCUAUAUUUUGUACAAAUAUUUUUUCUGAGGCAGGUGAGUCUCACUUUAGUAAGGUUUCUUUCCUUCUCUUCAAUUUGGACCAAGUUAAGUUUUUGAUUGAGAAAAGGAAUAAGAGAUGCAAUCAAUCACACAUGAAGAUAAAAAAACCUAUAGCUGUGCCAAAGGUCUUGGCAAUUGCUAUACAUCACAGUGAGAUAUUAUUUUCAAGUAUACUGAAUGGGAGAAGAAGAUCUGUUUUAAAAUCUCUGUUGCAGCAGAGACCUCCAGUUUCUCAUUUUUAAAGCUGUCCUAACUUUUCCCCACUGGUACUACCUGUGUGCUAAUAAUUAAAAAUUGAACUAUUGUAUUGAAAAUGAAAAUAAGUGAUUUUUUUCUUAGUUUUUGAUCUAAAAAUGAAAAUGUAAUUGUCAGUGUUUUUUUGUUUGUUUUUUUGCAACAAGUAAGGUACCAUAAUGGCCAUAAGGCCACAAUGACCUUAGUAAGUACGACAAAUCACCUGUAAUUUAUUAUUACAAUGAUGCCAGAUACAAAAAUAUAACCAUGAACAAAAAGUCAGAACAAGACCAAAACAUCGUCAUUCUUCUCCUUUCCAUCAUAUAAGACUUCACAAACUGUCCUUCAGGUUACUAGAUCCGGGCUACUUUAAAUAUAUAUUUUUUAAAGGGGGGGAAAGACAAAUUUUAUUCUUUAUUUUAAAAAAAUAGUGAGGGAGUAGGGAAGAACAGAGUUUUAGCCAGGUAAAUAGAAAGGGGAGGAGGGGGCAAAUCAUCUGUCAUCCUACACCUCCAGACGAGCAUGGGGUAUUGCCGGUGCCGAGCCUGGUUAUUGGCACGGUUACGGUUACUACUAUUUGCAGUUCGCACGCUCGUGUCUGUCUGUGGCUGCUACUGCUAGCUGAUUCAGUAAAAAGCGCCGUAUAGUUCCGAAUACCGAGUAUAUCCUUUCUCAAUUACGUAUUUACUUACACCAGGACUGAGUUAAGUAUUCGCUGCCAGCGCUCCCACAGCAAUGAAUGACGAAGAGGUGAUUCGGCGUCGCCUCUUAAUCGAUGGUGAUGGCACUGGAGAUGACAGGCGGCUGAAUGCAUUACUGAAGUCGUUUGUCAAAUGGUGCUCAAGUGAUGAACCUGAAGCUGAAUGGCGUUCAGUACAGGAUAGGAUGCUGCAGCAUCUUGCACAAUGUGAUUUUGCAUUAGCAAAGGCAAGAUUAACAAGUACUAUGAGCGCUGAGGAGCUACAGAACUAUGAGACCUGGGCAAAGAAAAUAGAGGUUGACAUUGCCACUGCCAAAAGUAAUAUUGAGAAAACCAAGGCGGAUCUUAAGAAUGCCCGCACUAUCCGACGGAAUAAAAUUGAAUAUGAUUUACUUGCUGUGGUUAUAAAUCAACAGCCGGAUAGGCGCAACACAAAUGAGGAACUUAAACAACUUCAUGAAGACCUAAGUGCCUUGCAGGCAACACAAGAGGAGCUUGAAAAGAAAUUAGAUAUGAGGCGGAAACAGUUCAGCGUCAUGUUUUCAAGUGUUUACCAACUGCAAGCACUGCUCAAUGAAAGUGAUGAUGAAAUGAUGGAUGUGUCUUUGGAUGAUAUGGAUACUGCUGCUCCAGAAGGUUCAUCUUCGUCAUGAAUGCACAUUGUUAAAUCUGCAAGCGCACAUCAUUCAAAUCAAAGGACUAUAGGGACUGUUGACUCUCCAAAGUCUUAACAUUACUGUGACCAUGUUAUAAGAUACUUCUGAUAAGAUAAUCAAGAGUAUCCUUUACAUUAAUUAAUGAAGACCUUUGUACCUUUUAUUAAUUUUUACUUUUAGUUGUAUCAGUUUUGAUAGUGGUCAUGCUGUAUCUACCAAUUGAUCUCAGUUUUAGUUUGAAAACAAUUUUAUGUGGUGUCAUGUCUUGGAAGUUAGUUUUAUGUUUGUAAUUAACCAAUUAAAAUUCUCAUCAAAAUUUG